AUGUCAGUCAAGCCACCACCAUCCGACCUUCCAACCCACCCCUUUUCAUCCGCCAAGGAUCUCGAAUCCUUUCUCGAGCGCGAGCAUUCCACCGCCCCAGGGUUCUACAUCAAACUUGCCAAGAAAGCAUCAGGCAUUCCAUCAGUCUCCGCCGCGGAGGCCGUCGAAGUGGCGCUAUGCUUCGGCUGGAUCGACGGACGAGCCAACCCGUUCGACAAGGAUUGGUGGCUAGUGCGAUACACGCCCCGUCGAGCGAAGAGUAUCUGGUCGCAGAAGAACGUGCAGACUGUGGGACGCUUGAUCGACGAGGGCAAGAUGCGACCCGCGGGAUUGGCUGUCGUCGAGGCUGCGAAGAAGGAUGGCCGGUGGGCCCGCGCUUACAGUGGGCCUGCUACGAUGACAGUCCCCGAUGACCUUGCUGCCGCGUUGGCUGCGGACCCUGCUGCGGCGAAGUUCUUUGAGGGGUUGAAUAAGACCGAUCGGUAUGCGGUUCUGUGGCGGGUAGAGACUGCGUCUCCGAAAGCGCGAACCAAGCGAAUCGAGUCAUUGGUGCAGAUGCUGGCGGAGGGAAAGAAGCCUGGGGAAUCAACAAAGCCGACGCAGAAGCGGAAAGCCAGGGCUGAUGUAGAAGAAGGAAGCGAGGAAUUCAAGAAAGAGAUUUCUGUUCCUGAUGGUGAGGCAAGGCAGGCUCGACGUGCUGGACUUCGCAAUCGGAAGUGA